AUGUCUGUAGGGCUGGAGUUGAUAGGCAUCUCCUUGUGCAUUUUGGGAUGGAUUAUUGCCAUCUUGGGGUGCGCCCUCCCCAUGUGGAGGGUGACGGCCUUCAUCGGCAGCAACAUCGUGACCGCUCAGAUCAUCUGGGAGGGCCUGUGGAUGACCUGCGUGGUCCAGAGCACGGGCCAGAUGCAGUGUAAGGUGUACGACUCCAUGCUCGCCCUCUCCCAGGACCUCCAAGCCGCCCGCGCCCUCACCGUCAUCUCCAUCCUGUUAGCCAUCGUGGCAGUGCUUAUCGCCAUCACCGGGGCCAAGUGCACCAACUGUAUCGACGACGAGGCGUCCAAGUCCAAGGUGAUGAUCAUCUCCGGGGUCUUCUUCAUCGUUGCCGGGGUCAUGCAGCUCAUUCCUGUCUCCUGGUCAGCCAACACUAUAAUCAGGGACUUCUACAACCCUCUGCUCACUGACGCUCAGCGGAGGGAGCUGGGGGCUGCUCUGUACAUCGGCUGGGCGGCAGCUGCCCUCCUGAUUCUUGGCGGCGCACUGCUCUGCUGCUCCUGCCCGCCGCGUGAGACCAGGUACAACCCUUCACGAAUGGCUUACUCUGCCCCGCGGUCCGCAGGCGGCCCAGGGUUAGAAAGGAAAGACUAUGUAUGA